AUGGCUCCAGCUACGAAUGCUGCUCCUGCUGAAGUUCCGGUGACAGGAGGCUCUGUAACCGAAACAUUCACACGUGGCAUUCGGGCUAUCCUCCUUGGACCCCCUGGAUCUGGAAAGGGUACGCAAGCUCCUAAGUUAGCGGAGACUUACCAUGCUUGUCAUCUUUCUACUGGUGAUCUUCUUCGAGCGGAAGUAGCCUCUGGCUCUGAACUAGGACAAUCAUUGAAAAAUACUAUGGACCAAGGAAAACUUGUUUCUGACGACACUGUUUGUGAACUUAUUGAUGUAAAUCUGAACAAACCUGAGUGCCGUUUAGGAUUUAUUUUGGAUGGUUUCCCAAGAACCACAGUUCAAGCAGAGAAGCUCGAUGCCCUUUUGGAGAAGAGAGAGACUCCUCUUGACUCAGUAGUUGAAUUUAAGAUUGAUGAUGAGCUCCUUGUUCGUCGUAUCACUGGACGUCUUUUCCAUCGCAGCAGUGGAAGAAGCUACCAUUUAGAGUUUAACCCACCUAAGAUUCCAAUGAAAGAUGACAUCACUGGUGAACCAUUAAUCCGUCGUAGUGACGACAAUGAAGAGACUCUAAGAAAGCGUUUGGUUCAAUACCAUGAUGUGACUGCACCUUUAGUCAAUUACUAUCAAAAGCAUGGAAUCCAUACUUCCAUCGAUGCUAGUAAGCCAAUGAGUGAAGUUGCUACGAAGAUUGAUGCUCUCUUUGCCAAGUUCAUUAAUAAGAAGGAUAGAGUUGCAUUCGCCUAG